AUGGCCGACAUCACUACGAGAGAGCUUCGCCAACCUAUAGACGUUGCCGAAUACCUUUUCCGUCGGCUACACGAGGUCGGGAUCCGUUCGGUGCACGGCGUACCUGGUGACUAUAACCUUUCGGCCCUGGAUUAUCUGCCGAAGUGCGGACUCAACUGGGUAGGAAACUGCAAUGAGCUCAAUGCAGGAUACGCUGCCGACGGAUACGCUAGAGUAAACGGAAUAGCUGCUCUAAUCACCACCUUUGGUGUUGGUGAACUCUCAGCCAUCAAUGCCGUUGCAGGCGCCUACUCGGAAUUCGUUCCAAUUAUCCAUAUUGUUGGUCAGCCACAUACAAGAUCGCAAAAGGAUGGGAUGUUGUUGCAUCACACUCUAGGCAAUGGGGACUAUAAUGCAUUUGCGAACAUGAGCGCGGCAAUCUCUGCGACUAUGGCUCGUCUAAACGAAACAUAUGAGAUUGCGACUCUCAUUGACAACGCCAUUCGCGAAUGCUGGAUUCGCAGUCGACCCGUUUAUAUCGCGCUUCCCACAGAUGUGAUUACGAGGAAGAUUGAGGGAGAAAGGCUCAAGACCCCCAUUGACUUAUCGCUGCCCCCCAAUGAUCCCGAGAAGGAAGACUAUGUGGUUGACGUCGUGCUCAAGUAUUUGCACGCGGCAGAGAGGCCGGUGAUUUUGGUUGAUGCGUGCGCAAUCCGCCAUCGAGUGCUUGAUGAAGUUCAUGAUUUGGUGGAGGCCUCUGGGCUACCUACAUUUGUAGCCCCGAUGGGCAAGGGGGCCGUCAAUGAAACCCACAAAUGCUAUGGUGGCGUUUAUGCUGGAACCGGAUCUAACCCCGGUGUGCGUGAACAAGUCGAGUCUUCUGAUCUCAUCCUCAGCAUUGGCGCUAUUAAAUCCGAUUUCAACACGGCUGGAUUUUCGUAUCGGACUGGACAGCUGAAUACCAUCGAUUUCCACAGCACCUACGUUCGCGUGAGAUAUUCAGAGUAUCCCGACAUCAACAUGAAGGGAGUUCUACGGAAGGUCAUUCAAAAGAUGGGUGCCCUCAAAACCAACCCAGCUCCACAUAUUUCAAACACACUCCCCGAUCAGGAACAGGGCUCAGCCGAGCAAAGAAUAACACAUGCCUGGUUGUGGCCAACGGUUGGGCAGUGGCUGCAGGAGAAUGAUAUUGUCAUCACCGAAACCGGAACUGCGAACUUUGGAAUCUGGGAUACUCGCUUCCCAUCCGGGGUUACAGCCAUCAGUCAAGUGCUCUGGGGAAGUAUUGGCUAUUCAGUCGGCGCUUGCCAAGGCGCGGCCCUGGCAGCCAAAGAACAAGGGAAUCGCCGGACGGUGCUGUGGGUGGGUGAUGGCAGUCUGCAGCUUACUUUGCAGGAAAUCAGCACCAUGAUUAGGAAUAACCUCAACCCUAUCAUGUACGUUUGUCAUACCCUGUAA